UAUCCGUUAUCGACAAGAUCCCACAACUUCUUUGAUCCGUGCUGGGGAAGUGUUUAAGUUCGUAAGAAUCCCACAUAAUCUGGUCCCCUUUCCCAAGAACCUUUCAGAAAGUUUACACUGAGGGAAAAAAAUCAGCAGAGAUCAAGAAUGUGGACUGUAGAUGGGAUGGGUUAACAAAUGGUUGGUCAAUUGCUAUUUCAACGAUGGUCUUAACCCUGUGAAGUUCGACUCAAUAGUGUGGGAUCAAUAUGAACGCAACCCUCGUGUGGCUCCUAAAAACAUUCAACUUGCUUGUGAAAAACCCGACAUUUAUAUUUGCGAGGAACCUUUGGAUGUAAUACCAGUGGACAGCGGCAAAAGCUGCAACUUCCGGAGUGUUUGGUAUCAUGAACAGGUGUUCAAGUGGGUUGCAGGAUGGGGGUGCCUUCUCUAUACCCCAAACUUCCUUUACGUUGGAGGGAAAAAUCCCAUAAAUAUGAGUUCAAGAUGUGUAUAUGGUGAUAUGUUUGCGCCGUGCUUGGAAAUAGCUCGAGAUGAUGGCACAUGCGGUUGUUAUCCAUUUGAUCCUAAUUUAGAAGAAGUAGCUGUUGCAGUUCGCAAUGCAUUAGUAUCAUCAGCACAAGGACGAUGGGAAAAUUGUUAUUACGCAGCCAGCGAUUGUUGUAGUCAUUUUAUGAAUGAAAAUAUGUACGAAAGAGAUCAAUGUGGACCGACAUUCGACGGUUGGACUUGUUGGCUACCCGCGAAGAACGGCACCAUUGCCAACUCUGUGUGUCCAGAAUUCGCUUACUCCAACACAGGCCCAUCCUGCUAUCACUAUAGCAACAAGCCAUGCUACGCUAACGGCACCUGGGAACAGCAAACCGAUUACAGCACGUGCAGUGUGACGCCGCGCCUGCUGCGCCGAUACCGCUACCACAUCGCAAUGCUCGCGUUCUCCAUCGCAGCGUGCUUACCCGCGAUCUUCAUCUUCUUCAUCUACAAACGUCUUCGUGUCAUCCGAGUGGCCUUGCACAGGAACUUGCUUAUCGCUAUAGUUAUGAGAAAUAUUCUUGUAAUUGUCAGUAGAAGCGAGAUCUACAUAAAUGAAUUAAUCACCGUAGAUGAUACAGCGAUGUCGCUGCACGGCAUCGCCUGCAGAGUGUUAGCCCUAAUGGAGCGUAUCGCUGCCAAUGCUGUGUUUGUAUGUAUGUUGGUGGAAGGAAUAUACUUGCAUAGACUGAUUGUAGCGGUCUUCAGACAGAAACUGAAUAUUAUAUGGCUGUAUGGAAUAGGAGCAGUGGUUGCCGUUCUGCCGGUAGUGGCAUGGGCCAUAGUGAUGGGCCUACACAAUGACCAUUCCUGCUGGGUGGUGUACACUGUGGACCACAUUCAGUGGGCGCUAGACGGCCCACGCAUCUUUAUUCUUGUUCUCAACACGAUCUUGUUCAUCGAUGUUUUAAGGGUUUUGCUAACUAAGAUACGGAACACAGAAAAUGCUAACCAACUAAAUACCGUAAAGGCGACCUUGUUUCUGAUGCCAAUCUUCGGAACUCAGUUCAUUUUUACCGCCAUCAGACCAAAAACGACAAACUGUACAUUUGAGCAAGUUUAUUACUUUAUUGCUUAUACCAUAGAGGGCUUGCAGGGAUUCGUGGUAGCUAUACUCUACUGCUACCUGAAUAAAGAGGUCCACACACUUAUUAAGACAACUUACAAAAAAGCCAAAGAGACUGUGGUAUCUCGCAUCCAAGGAUCAAGCUAUCCUAGAUUCAGUAUCGAUCCCAACACUGAUCGAAGACUUACAUAUACAACGGGUCUCCAUUCACAGAAUACAGAUUACACGAAAAACCGAUACUCAACAAUCACACCGAAAUUACAUGUCGCUGAAAUAGUUUCGAUACAAGCAAGCGAAAGGUUAGCUGAAAUACUCGACCCAAUUUAUGAAACUAUAAACACUGGCAUGGUCAACGAAGGUUACGAUUAUUUAGAACGAUCCGACUGUGACUACGAUAAUAACACCGGGUAUAUGCCCAAUAGAAAUUCUAAAGUUGAAGACUACUAUGGUUUUACGAACGCUUCAAGUGUUUCAAUUGGAUGUCCUGAUUGGCUUAAAUGUACUUCGCCAAAUGGUAGUGUCUAUAGCAACUCAGUUACCACGAGCGAUGUAUCACAAUGUAAGAAUAAAACCGAUAAAAUGCGGACAAAUCAUGAAAUUAAUGUACUUAGAAAUGAAGAGUUGGAAGAAAAUUUUAAAUUACCGGAAGAAAAUCAUUACAAAGAUUCCAUUGAACCGCGUUCUUCUUAUGUCAGUAUAAAUGCAUUUAAACAUGAUAACAAACCAGUACCAGAAGAUAUGGAUAUAGAAUUGAAACACAGUAGUAAAACUAUGCUUGAUGAAAUAAUACAAUAUAUGGUAAGCAAUAGCAGUAAAGAUGUCAAACUGGAUCCUAAUCUUCUAUCGCCAAAUAGACCUGAAACGGAAAGAAUUAUAUUUUUAGACGAAUGAGAUAAUGUUUUAAAUGCUCAGUCAUAUAAUAUUCAAAUAUAUAUGUUUUGUAAUAAUAACGAUUCCAUUAAUAAAAUAUUUG